UUUCAAAUUCUACUUCCAUCUUUAGAUCGAUCAAAUCAAUGUCCGUCGACGAUCUACCUCCGUCACCGGCCUCCGCCGUAACGCCACUAGGCUCCUCCGUGAUUCCAAUUGUUAACAAGCUUCAAGACAUAUUCGCUCAGCUAGGAAGCCAAUCAACAAUCGCGCUUCCGCAAGUAGCUGUCGUCGGAAGUCAAAGCAGUGGCAAAUCCAGCGUUCUCGAAGCACUCGUCGGCCGUGACUUUCUUCCUCGUGGCAAUGAUAUCUGCACGCGCCGACCUCUCCGUCUCCAGCUUGUUCAGACGAAACCUCGCUCUGAUGGUGGAUCCGAUGAAGAGUGGGGAGAGUUUCUUCACCACGAUCCUGUUAAACGUAUCUACGAUUUCUCUGAGAUUCGUCGUGAGAUUGAGGCUGAGACUAAUAGAGUAUCAGGAGAGAACAAAGGUGUAUCAGAUAUUCCGAUUGGUUUGAAAAUAUUUUCACCUAAUGUUUUGGAUAUCAGUCUUGUGGAUCUUCCUGGUAUCACUAAGGUUCCUGUUGGUGAUCAGCCAACUGAUAUCGAAGCACGUAUAAGAACGAUGAUCUUGACUUACAUUAAGGAAUCUAGCUGCUUGAUACUUGCUGUUACCCCUGCUAAUACCGAUUUAGCAAAUUCAGAUGCAUUACAAAUCGCAGGAAAUGCUGAUCCUGAUGGUCAUAGAACCAUAGGUGUAAUCACAAAGUUGGAUAUUAUGGACAGAGGUACUGAUGCUCGGAAUCACCUUCUUGGAAAAACAAUUCCUCUUCGACUUGGAUACGUGGGAGUUGUAAAUCGUAGUCAAGAGGAUAUUUUGAUGAACCGUAGCAUCAAGGAUGCUCUUAUUGCAGAGGAAAAGUUCUUUCUUAGUCGUCCAGCUUACAGCGGUCUCACAGAUCGUUUGGGUGUCCCUCAAUUGGCAAAGAAAUUAAAUCAGGUCCUUGUCCAACACAUCAAGGCACUGCUUCCUAAUUUAAAGUCACGUAUCAACAAUGCAUUGUUUGCUACAGCAAAGGAGUAUGAGAGCUAUGGGGAUAUAACAGAGUCCAGGGGUGGUCAAGGAGCUCUUCUUCUCAGUUUUAUUACAAAAUACUGUGAAGCAUACUCCUCAACCCUGGAAGGGAAAAGUAAAGAAAUGUCAACAUCUGAGCUCUCGGGUGGAGCAAGAAUUCUCUACAUCUUUCAAUCAGUCUUUGUUAAGAGCUUAGAGGAGGUUGAUCCAUGCGAAGACUUAACAGCUGAUGAUAUUCGGACUGCAAUACAAAAUGCAACUGGUCCCAGAUCUGCAUUAUUUGUUCCUGAUGUUCCAUUUGAAGUUCUUGUCAGGAGGCAAAUAUCUCGUUUACUAGAUCCCAGCCUUCAGUGCGCUAGGUUCAUCUUUGAUGAGCUAGUAAAGAUUAGUCAUCAGUGUAUGAUGACAGAGUUACAGCGCUUCCCAGUCCUGCAAAAGCGCAUGGAUGAGGUUAUUGGGAACUUUCUGCGAGAAGGUCUUGAACCUUCACAUGCAAUGAUCCGAGAUCUUAUUGAAAUGGAGAUGGAUUACAUAAACACCUCACACCCAAAUUUUAUCGGGGGAACCAAAGCCGUGGAGCUUGCAAUGCAACUAGUCAAAUCUUCAAGGAUUCCGCAUCCUGUUGCGCGGCCAAGGGACACUAUGGAGCCUGAGAAGACAACUUCUUUUGCGAGUCAAAUAAAAACCCGAUCUUUUCUCGGCCGACAAGCUAAUGGAAUCGUCACUGAUCAGGGAGUUCCAACUGCAGCAGAUGCUGAAAGAUCUGCACCAGCUGGAAACUCAAGCUGGAGUGGUUUCUCAUCAAUUUUCCGGGGGAGUGAUGGUCAGGCAGCUGCUGAAAAUAGCCUACUAAACACACCGUUCAGCGAAGCUGCUCAAGAUGUGUCUCAGAACUUGUCAACAAUCUAUUUAAAGGAGCCUCCAACCAUUUUGAGGUCAUCGGAAACUCAUUCAGAACAGGAGGCAGUUGAGAUUCAGAUAACAAAGCUAUUAUUGAAAUCCUACUAUGACAUUGUAAGGAAGAAUGUUGAGGACUUGGUCCCAAAAACAAUCAUGCAUUUUCUGGUAAAUUACACGAAACGUGAGCUGCACAAUGUUUUCAUCGAGAAGCUUUACAGGGAGAACUUGAUUGAAGAACUGCUGAAAGAGCCAGAUGAGUUAGCGAUAAAGAGGAAACGCACGCAGGAGACUCUUCGCAUUCUUCAGCAGGCUAAUCGGACAUUAGACGAGCUGCCCUUGGAAGCGGAAUCAGUCGAGAGAGGUUACAGAAUUGGUUCAGAAUCGAAACAUGAGGAGUUACCGGGUACAAGAAGAUCAAGGACAGAAACUAAUGGGAACGGACGGCUUCACAUGUAAAUUCAAAUUGUGAUUGCACGCAUAAUUCAUCCAUUUGGUGAUGGAAAAGAUUUGUUUCCUUCCCUUUAAAUCGGUUGUGCGUGGGGAAAGAAAGGUGUUCUUAGGUAUAGUGAAACAUGAUGAGAAACAGGGUUUUGUUGUGAGGGUAUUAUCAACCUAUUAGAAAAUGUGACUUAAUAUUUGUUUCUCGGAGCCGAGAAGAAUAAUCAAUUCCUAAUUUUACU